UAUUUCAAAAGGUCCAGAGCUUCACUCCAACGCUAGGGUUUAACAAAGGGUUUUUAUUUUUUUCCAGUUAAAUCAGUGGUGUAAAAAAUGUCUUCUUCUCUAAUGGCAAUUCGCAGAACUCGAAUAUCCAUUUUCAGUUCUUCACACAACAAGGUACGUUUAUUAUACUCCUCUUCUUCCGACCCUAAAACCCUAACCUUAAAGUCCUCGCAUUCGAAAACCCUAACAACAUUCGCAGCACAAAACGAUGUUCAAAUUCCCCCAAAUACAUCUGAUUCACAUGGGGUUCCGCAAAACAGGUGGAAUAAUCAUCCCAAUAAUAAUCAGAUGAAUAUGCCGUAUACUCGGUAUCAAAAUCCUAAUCAGGGUUAUUCAAAUUAUGGAAAUGUUAAUCCUAGUCAAGGAUAUGCUAAUCCUGGUCAGGGUUAUAGCCAAAGCCCUAAUAAUGUUCAAAAUCAGAACAUUUCGUAUAGGCCAAGCCCCGGUGAGCCUCGAAACUACCCGCCACCUGGCAAUGUCAACCAAUGGAAUAAUCAAAAUCAAGGCGGCUUUAGGCAACAGGGAAAUCCUAAUGCUGCUCCAAGCUAUUCACAAGGUGGAUAUCAGAAUCAAGAACACGUACAAACUCCGAAUAGAAAUCAGAAUUAUCCGCAGCCUAAUCAGAAUCAAAAUUAUGCUCCACGAGUAAACCAGGGUCAAGUGGAUCCUCAGGCACAGAGGGGCCCACCGGGAAGUGGGUUUCCUAUGAAUAAUCAAUCACAUAACCAACCCCAGGUUGUGCAUAAUCAAGUCCCGAGUGGUGCUCCUAUGCCUACUGUUGAUUUAAUUAGCUUUUGUCAAGAGGGUAAAGUUAAGGAGGUUAUUGAACAUAUGGAACAGGGGGUAGUUGCGGAUGCGCAAUGUUUUGAGAUGCUCUUUGAGUUGUGUGCCAAUUCUAAGAAACUUGAAGAUGCUAAAAAGGUGCACGAUUACUUUUUGAGAUCAAAGUUCAGGGGUGAUCUUCGUUUGAGCAAUAAAAUUAUUAAUAUGUAUUCCAAGUGUGGAAGUAUGACAGAUGCGCGCAGAGUUUUUGAUCAUAUGCGUGAUAGGGAUAUGGACUCGUGGCAUUUGAUGAUAAAUGGAUAUGCAUUGAAUGGGUUGGGGGAUGAUGGGUUGACAUUGUAUGAUCAGAUGCGGGAGAUGGGAAUGAAGCCAAAUGAGGAAACUUUUCUUUAUGUUUUCGAGGCUUGUGCUAGUGCAGAUGCCAUUGAUGAGGCUUUCGUGCACUUCGAGUCGAUGAAGACUGAGUAUGGAAUUGCUCCACAGGUGGAGCACUAUUUAGGACUUAUGGGUGUUCUAGGAAAAUGUGGACAUCUUGCUGAGGCAGAGGAAUAUAUAUCGAAGCUUCCAUUUGAACCAACAGCAGCUGUCUGGGAAGCAUUAAUGAAUUAUGCCCGUAUACACGGCGAUAUUGAUCUUGAGGAUCGAGCUGAGGAGUUGAUGGUUGGUCUUGACCCAUCUAAGGCUGUUGCUAAUAAGAUUCCCACUCCGCCAACAAAGAAGCAGUUAGCAAUUAAUAUGCUUGAGGGAAGAAAUAGAGUAGCUGAGUUUCGUAAUCCAACCCUCUUCAAGGAUGAUGAGAAGUUGCGGGCUGCAAUGAAAGAACAAGCUUAUGUGCCUGAUACCAGAUAUGUCCUUCAUGAUAUUGAUCAGGAAGCCAAGGAACAGGCUCUGCUAUACCACAGCGAACGUUUAGCCAUUGCAUAUGGUCUGAUUAGUACUCCUGCUAGAACACCUUUACGUAUCAUAAAGAAUCUCCGUGUAUGUGGUGAUUGUCACAAUGCCAUCAAGAUCAUGUCAAGGAUUGUUGGGCGAGAGUUGAUUGUCAGGGAUAACAAGCGGUUUCAUCAUUUCAAGGAUGGAAAAUGCUCUUGUGGUGAUUAUUGGUGAAGUACGGUGGCUAAAACAAGUAUACAUAGACUGGCUUCUACAGUUCUCAGGAUCAUCAAGAGUCUGCAUGUUAGGAUGAGCGCAGUGUUAAGAUGCCUGUAGGCUUGCUGUGACACUGUUUGGAGUCAUCUAAAAUACCAACAAUUUGCAUGUACUGCUAAUUGCAAUGCCAAAUAUCACCAUGUCUUGCAAUUUAUGGAUUGCUUGCACCCUUGUGGAUAUCUAAGUUUCGUUAUCGUAGUUUGGAUCUUUGUGUUUAGAGAUUAGUCCCCCAAAGUGCCAGUCAAAUUAAUGUUCCAUUGUAUCUGCACAAUAUUUUCACGUUGUUUUCUGGUUCUCUCGCUUUAUAGGAAAAUGCUUUAGUUGGGCAAUGUUAUUGUUUUUUCGAACUCAUAGCUGAAAGGGGUUGUAGAACUUCAUUGGAGGACAGUAGUGCAUCCCUUAAAGGACUUGGCUGCUAGCUUG